UCCAUGAGUCACUAGCCACCUUGAAAGGAAAAAGCCAAGGGAGGAGAGCUAAGUACUUUAUAACUUGUAGGAUUUUCUCGACAAUCAUUUCCUUAUUAGCUGAUGGAAAACCUAUACUGCUUCUCUGUGCAUCAUACGCGGUGGAAAACCAAACCAACCCCCACAACCAGAUGAUAGAAAAGAUUGUGGAGCAUGUGUGUUGGCUUGUACUGAAUCACUGAAAAGGAAAACACCUGCAAUGGAUUUCUUCAACUCAAUUGGAUUAUUUCAAUGUGGCUAUUAAUACUGUUCCAUACAAGCGUUAUGGUGCACAGUUAAAGACCUUUUAGCAUACUGACAGUAGCAAACAGUAAUAAUAUGCAAUCAAUCAAGCAAGAAGUGGACUCCAAUGAGUCUUACAGUGGAGAGGAUGCCCUGGUCCUGGCUGUGGCUUUACAAGGGGCCAACAGAGACCUGCUGAGCCACAAAAUCUCUGCACUUCCUUUCAAGGCUAAAUCUGCUUGUCGUAGGAAAAGGGAGUUUAUCCCAGAGGAAAAGAAAGACACCCUAUAUUGGGAGAGGCGUCGUAAAAACAAUGAGGCGGCCAAGCGCUCAAGGGAGAAGCGGCGCAUAAAUGAUAUGGUGCUAGAGAACAAGCUGGUGGCCCUUGGAGAGGAAAAUGCCUCCCUCAAGGCUGAGCUGCUGUCAUUGAAGCUGAAGUUUGGCCUAGUGAGCUCAACAGCAUAUGCCCAAGAAGUCCAACGGUUAUCCAGCUCCACUGCUCUCAACCUCCACCAAGUGUUUGUUCCACCCAGUGUUAGCCAAGGUUCUACCAACAAAGAUAAGGAACCUCUUCACCUGCGCAGCAGCUGCAUAUCAGUCAUCAGGCAUUCACCUCACAUGCCCACGACAUGUACUGCAACUCAGGGUAGCUUUACUGUCUGCGGGAAUGCAGAGGUCAAGCAAGAACCAGCAGAGAAUGGCAGCUAUAGACAAGAGAGAAGUAGUCCCUAUGAACUCUACAAACCUGGCCUGGCAAGCCCUUUGUCUGGAGUCUACACUCAGUCUGCCUCAUUCAUGCAGAUCUCUAGAUCAUCCAGUAACUCACCCAGGAGCUCAGAUGAUGGUGCUGUUAGCAAAUCAUCUGAUGGUGAGGAUGAGCAGCAGGUGCCCAAAGGGUUAAUGCCAUCUGUAGUAGACCCAAGAAGUGUCAUUGUCGCCACACACAAAGUGCCAGAUGGCAGUUCAUCAGCUUUACCCCAUAAACUGCGGAUCAAAUCCAGAACCGUCCAAAUCAAAGUGGAGGCCAUUGACACUGAAUACGAGUCCUCUGGAAAGUCCUCCUCCCCUGUCAGUCCUUCAGAGGGAGAAUGCACACAGUCCUCCCACUGCCCUUUGUCAGUACAGGUCACCAACAUGCAAGACUGGAGCCAGCGGUCUGAGCAAUGGCAUAUAAGCCACACAAUGACACUGCAGGGUGGAUGCAAGAGUAGCGAGCAAACCUCGAGCCCCAUUUUAAACAACACCAUAGUGGAUGUAAAAGAAACUUCCUAUGCACACUUACACACAGGGGAAAUGUAUGUAAAGCAGGGCUUCAGCGCCCUGUCUCCCAAAGUGGCCUCUUUGAAAAGACUGAUAACACCAGAACAGGGAUCUGUAAUAGAGUCAACCAAAACCAUCAAUGAUCAUCACGAGACAUAAUCAAAAGGAUGCUCCUCUGAAUGACCAUUGUAUGUUUAGCAUUUCCAUUACACUUGCUGUUUCACUGUGUGUUGAACAUUUGGGUUAAACAAUGUUUUCUUUUGGUAAAUUUUCAAAUAAACAAGUUUGCAUAUAAUACCAGAGUCUCAAAUAAUAGCUUUUGUGUGAACAGAGGCUAUUUGCCAAUAUAGGCCAAGGAGAGGUGGAAUUACCUGCAUUGUUCAUGUGAUAAAUAAUGUACAACACCACUACACUAAUUCAGCAACAGAAUUGCAUCAUAUUCCAGUCUUCUCUGCUUCUCUAACACAAAUGAAGCUCAUUCACUUGAUAACUCUAGAUCCUUAUACGUUGGCUAUUCAUGAAAUAACACUUCAUGACAUCUUUUGUGUUAAAUUCAUUAACAGGUGGUUGGAUGCAGGAAAGUCUUUAAUGUGAAGUGAACACUGGAGAAGAAUUAAUUGGUAACUGCAACUAGUCCAAGUAGCAACAAAGUGGCGAGAACUGGUACAAAAUAAAUGCUGAACUUUUCAUGAUAAUAAAUCUGUUCAGCAUCAUGUCCCUCCGUGUUUACCAAAGUAAAACAGGACCAGGUGAAUAGGUAGCCUACAUGAGGGAUUUCUGGGUACUUGAGAAUUUACCAUAGACUGUUAAUCAAAAAAAUGUGUGAUAGACAUUAUUAUACAGAACACUUAUGAGUGAAGGUUUUAUUUUUCAUAUACCAAAUUAUUUGUGACUGCUAUCACAGGGCUCUGCCUGUCAGUAUAUACCUGCUGUUGUUGAGCACUGCUCUGCUUUGAUUUUGUGGUGCUGAAAAAAUGUUCCAGUCAUUAACGGUGAGCCUCUGCCCUGCUGCCCAAUCUGUGGCCAGGAGCAGUCUGGCCGUUAUUUGCCUUAAAGCUGAAAUCCUAAAUGUUUAAAGUUACAUUUUGAGUUUGUAUGUUGGUGUACACUGGAGACAUAGCCCACAGGCUUUUGUUUAAGAGCAACAUUUGGCAGUGCUUUAUUUCAAAAACUUGUAAUUUCUUUAGCAUAACCCAGAAAUUUUAAAUGUUACUUAAAAGAAAUAUUAAGGAGAGGUCUCAUUACUGCACUUCAAAUUAUUAUUUCAGAUAAUUGUUUCAGCAAAAAUACAAAAUUGAUCUACAGACAAUUUUUUUUAAUGAAUGAAUCUUUCCUUCAAGUUAAAGGGAACUUGAUUUUUAAGGGGAAAAAAAUGUCCCUAUGAUCAGUGACAGUUUUAUAGUUCUUUUCAGUUGGAGGACCGAUACGUUAGAGCAUCUGUGUCCAGCCUUGUCUUUGUGAUAAUCCUCCUUACUGUCAUUACUUCAGUAAACAGCAUUGGAGACUUGAAGUAGCAAUCAAUAACAUUAUCACAGCCUUCUACCACUGAGCUGAAACACACACACACUCUGUUGUAGUUUAAAACAACAGAAAUACAGAUUUUGACCCAAAUUUUAGUAUAACUUUUAAAUUGGUUCUGCUACACUCACUGGUUCACUGGUUGCCAAAUAGCAAUGCUUCUUUUGCUUUAUCAUAGUUUGCUGAUUACUUAAACCUUCCAGGCUGCUGGUUAAAGUGAGACUGUGUGCGACACUGGCUGGACAAUUGUGAUUUUCAUCUGAUGGUACUGACAGGAGUGUAUAUUGGACUUUAGAAAGCUUUAUGGAAAAUUAACAUUUGUAUUAUCAAAAAGUAUUAGUUCAACCCUGAGGUUUCUGUUACUGUGUGGCAUCCAGAGAUGUCAGCAAUCAUCAGAUGACUUAUUUAUUGUUUAUAGUGAUGAUGAUAAUUAUAACUGCUUUUUCCCAGCAGCCUCAAGAUUUAUUGUAAUGAUGAGCUUUUAUUUACAAUAAAUGUCCUGUCACUAAGUUG